AUGUUUAUGCUGUCUUCACAUGUUUACCAGCUCGUGACCACCAUAGGUUACCGGAGACACUUAUUGAGACAGGGAGGAUGGAUCAUUGCUUUGAUCAUGUUCUUGUCUUUGUUUGAAACUGCAAUCUCCCAAAAUCAAAGUUCUGAUCCAAAAUCAACACAAGUCCUGCAGUUACAUUACCAAAAAGGACAUGUGGUGGUGGACAAUGGAAUUUUUCAAUUAACUUUGUCAAAUCCUGAGGGAUUUGUAACCGGAAUCCGGUACAAUGGUAUCGAAAAUGUACUUGCAUACACCGGCACUGAACAUGAUAGAGGUUACUGGGACUUAGUGUGGAACUAUCCAGGGAAAAAAAUUAAGAAGUCCAAAGGCACAUUAGACCGGAUUGAAGCAACAAAGAUGGAAGUGAUAACGCAGAACGAUGAAAAGAUAGAGAUAUCCUUUUCAAGGACAUGGAAUGCUUCUUCAACAUUGGCUGUUCCUGUGAAUAUAGACAAGAGGUUUGUAAUACUACAAAACUCGUCCGGAUUCUACAGUUACGCCAUAUUCGAGAGGCUUAAAGGGUGGCCUGCGGUUGAACUUGAUAAUAUUCGAUUAGUAUUUAAGCUAAACCAAGACAAGUUUCAUUACAUGGCGAUUUCAGAUGAGAGACAAAGGUACAUGCCUUUACCAGAUGAUCGUAUUCCACCUCGAGGUAAACCUCUUGCUUACCCCGAGGCCGUUCAGCUUCUAGACCCUAUCGAGCCCGAGCUUAAAGGAGAGGUGGAUGAUAAGUAUGAGUACUCAAUGGAGAGUAAAGACAUAAAAGUUCAUGGAUGGAUAAGCACAAAUGACUCAGUUGGUUUCUGGCAAAUCACUCCAAGCAACGAGUUCAGAUCUGCUGGUCCUCUCAAGCAGUUCCUAGGCUCCCAUGUCGGUCCAACCAACCUCGCGGUAUUCCACAGCACUCACUAUGUUGGAGCAGAACUAAUCAUGAGUUUUGAAGAAGGUGAAGCAUGGAAGAAAGUGUUUGGACCUGUUUUUGUUUAUCUAAACUCUUUUCCUAAAGGUGUUGAUCCUCUCUUGCUUUGGAACCAAGCCAAGAACCAGACAAAGAUUGAAGAAGAGAAAUGGCCUUAUAGCUUCACAGCUUCAAGUGAUUUCCCUGCAUCUGACCAAAGAGGAUCUGUUACGGGUAGAUUACUCGUUCGAGACCGAUAUAUAAGGAGUGAGGAUAUACCUGCGAAUGGCUCAUACGUGGGUUUAGCUGCACCAGGAGAUGUUGGCUCAUGGCAAAGAGAAUACAAAGGUUAUCAGUUCUGGUCAAAGGCUGACGAAAAAGGAUACUUUUCUAUAGACAAUGUGAGAACCGGUCGUUACAAUCUCUAUGCAUUUGUUCCUGGAUUCAUCGGUGAUUACCACAACGAGACCGUUUUCAACAUCUCUCCAGGUACGAAAAUUAGCCUAGGUGACUUGGUGUAUGAACCACCAAGAGACGGUGUAACUCUAUGGGAAAUUGGUGUACCAGACCGAACCGCUGCAGAGUUCUACAUUCCUGACCCUAACCCGACGUUUACAAACAAACUAUACCUAAACCGUUCUGACAAAUACAGACAAUAUGGAUUGUGGGAACGGUAUGCAGAACUGUACCCUCAUGAAGAUAUGGUUUACAAUGUUGAUGUUGAUGAUUACUCUAAAAACUGGUUCUACAUGCAAGUUACAAGAAAGCAAGCUGAUGGAGGAUACAAAGGUACUACAUGGCAGAUUAAAUUUCAACUCGAUGAUAAAACGAAAAACUUUACUGGAAAUUUCAAACUGCGAAUCGCUCUAGCCACAUCAAAUGUAGCAGAACUGCAGGUUCGUGUUAACGAUGUUACUGUGGUUAAACCAUUGUUUACGACGGGGGAAAUAGGAAAAGAUAACACGAUUGCAAGACAUGGUAUUCACGGACUCUAUUGGCUAUACAGUGUGGAUGUGCCUGCUACUUCUCUACGCCAUGGAAAUAACACCAUAUACCUAACUCAACCACUUGCCAUAAGCCCUUUUCAAGGACUCAUGUAUGACUAUAUUCGUCUCGAGUGUCCUGAUUCCAUCAGUCAUCUCACUUAG